AUGGUUGUACAUGGGGAUAUCGUACCUUUUUUUCAAUUCGUUUAUAAGCUAUUCAAUAAAUGUUUGCUUAGUCAAGAAGCUGGUGGUGCUCACACUGGGAAUGUGACACACAAUCACAUUUCUGUGAAUUGUUGUAAUCCUGGUGCCACUUUGUCCUUUCAUACAUCCCAUGAGACAGCGCACCAGGACAGUAACUUGCAGGAAGUGGUCUCUAACAUUCCCGGUUCACCCGGGUUGGUGGAGUCGUUCCAUAGCGCUGUUAUCGACAGCCCUCGUGCAUCAUUUGAAAUGAUUCCUCUUCCUAUUGCUCGUUGUGAUGCAGCGGAACCAUGGCAAUUAGGAUCUCAAGACGCAGCAACACCUAUGAUGCAAGGAAUAAUGGACUUACAUCACGAUAUCUUUUUCUUCCUCAUUCUGAUUUUGGUUUUCGUAUCAUGGAUCUUGGUUCGCGCUUUAUGGCAUUUCCACUAUCAAAAAAAUCCAAUCCCGCAAAGGAUUGUUCAUGGAACUACUAUCGAGAUUCUUCGGACCAUCUUUCCUAGUAUCAUCCCGAUGUUCAUUGCUAUACCAUCAUUUGCUCUCUUACACUCAAUGGACGAGGUAGUAGUAGAUCCAGCCAUUACUAUCAAAGCUAUUGGACAUCAAUGGUAUCGGACUUAUGAGUAUUCAGACUAUAACAAUUCCGAUGAACAGUCACUCACUUUUGACAGUUAUACGAUUCCAGAAGAUGAUCUAGAAUUUGGUCAAUCACGUUUAUUAGAAGUGGACAAUAGAGUGGUUGUACCAGCCAAAACUCAUCUACGUAUUAUUGUAACAUCUGCUGAUGUACCUCAUAGUUGGGCUGUACCUUCCUCAGGUGUCAAAUGUGAUGCUGUACCUGGUCGUUUAAAUCAGAUCUCCAUUUCGGUACAACGAGAAGGAGUUUACUAUGGUCAGUGCAGUGAGAUUUGUGGAACUAAUCAUGCCUUUACGCGUGCGCUCGGAAACAUAGGCCGACUGCUGAGCCCACUCUGGCUCAGCCGCACCACCUGUGGUGCGAGCCACCCGAGAAGCAAGCUAUUACAGCGAGCGGCUGGAGCUAUAGGGAGCCGAGGAGCAAGGCAGUAGAUAAGAUAGAAGAAGGGGCCAGGCUCCCGGUGGAGCAGAGGAGACGGUUAGGAUAACGAACUUGAAACGCGGAGCCCGAGCGGCCGGCGAGCGAGUGGUUAGUGGCCAAUAGCGCCCUAGUUGAUGGCAUUCCUCUCUGCGGCUGGCACUCGAGGAACCACAGGGCACUCCAUACGGAGCAAGCAAGUCUUAGGGAUGAGACGCCCGCGCAAGGACCUCAAUUCUCAUUAGGAGGUCGAACCAAGGACCUAUGGAAGUCGGGGCUACCCCGUCCCCAUGGGCAACGCAACAGUGUCCUGAGGGAGGAGUUUAGAGGCCUUAUAGUAGCACGGACUUCUUUUUCUUUCUAGGUCAUGCGAAGGGGGCCAGUCCAAGAUCGUACUGUUCCUCUACAAAGACAACAGACGCUCUCAAUGGCUAGGCGCCACUCUCUUUCUGAGUUAUUCCAGCUUCUUCAUGAUUUCGUGCCGCGGUGAACAAACAAAACCAAAAAAAAAAGAGGGCCGUCUCCGCUACAGGAGAAGGACCUGCAACGGCAGAGACUAUUGACCCUAUUCUUGUUCCUAGUCGUCUGUUACGAGUCCGGGAAGCCUGGAAUCCUAAAUAUGAGGGAUCCCUCAAAAUAGAGAAGGGCGGGCAGGGCUUCCGCAAGGGCCUCACCCCUCUUCCCGGUCAAGAUAGAUGGGAAGGGGCCCUAUCAAGUUAAGGGCAUAACCAGCCUCUUUAUUUAUGUACGUACACCUUUGUUUCAGGGUGGGGCCGCCCUUCCUCCUGCUAAUCCGGCCAUUUCCGAACCUGUCUUUCCCACCCCAUUCAAUUCAUUGGAGGACUUCUCAAUUCUUGCGAUUCUCAGCCCCCUUAGCUUAUUAUUAUGAAAAGGGAAAAGGGCUUUUUCAGCUUGCUGCUCGCUUUCUCGCUUCCGAGAGGCGAAGGGAGCCUGACUUACGGUUUCCAAGCCUGGCGCGAAGCGAAGGGAUUGGAUUUCACCUAUGAUCAGAUCAGUGGGCAACCAUAGUUUACUUUUUUCGUGGUGUUGUUGACGUUGUUGAAAGCUAAUUUUUAAGUAGGCCUCGCUUUUCGGAGCUGCUCCCAGCUCACACUAUGGUGGAGGAGGUGCCGUGAAGAUCUAGGAGUGUGAGCAGUACGAGCUGAAAGGCUCCCAUACUGUUUGGAGGGCAGGGGGCAUAGAUGCCAAACAAACCUGACCCCUAUCUAUCUUUGUAGAAGCUGUUCCUAGGAAAGAUUAUGGUUCUCGGGUAUCCAAUCAAUUAAUCCCCCAAACCGGGGAAGCUUAAGCGGAAAUGAAAGAGUAGGGUGAGGGAUAAGGGGGGAAGCCACUAAAUGGAAGGCUUCGCUCGCUCGCUCUAACGCUCGUUUAGUAGACAGCGAGUGGAGUGCAUAAGCCCUUUUAGAGAUAGGGGCGAGUACUACACGAGCUCGUAAGUCAAGUACGGAAUGAGCCUUGUCUACGAAGCAGAGCGACCUCGUCUUGCUUGCUUCUGGCGAAGCUUCUAGCACUAGAUAAUAGGCAUUCAUGUAUGGUAGGAAUACUACUUAUUAGGCCGACCAUUACAUAGGAGCGAUAGCGAAGCCAAGCCGUUUAAAGGCGAGCAGCCCUUAUAGCUAUAGCAAACGGCCUACUUAUAGCCCUAU